AUGUGGCCACAGCAGAUUUUCGCAAAGUUGUCAGCCAGCGCCGUCAUCACUAUCUGCGCAAUUAUCUUGAGUACUUCGUGGAUCCACGAAACUGAUGCCAAGGCAGCUGCAGUGAAGUCUAGCGGUGCCAAUCACAAGAAGAGUCAGGGAAGCAGUUCCACGAAAGCUCUCCUUCCGACCGGAGGCUCUUCGGGUAAUCCUCCAGCUGUCAAAAACCCUAUGGCUCUUCCACGUUUCUUCGAUGCAGAUGGCGCAGAAGUUAAGCGAAAGUGUUACAAUGCAACUUUCAGAAGGAUUCACUUUCCCACCGGCUCAAAGCAGCUGCAUAAGUUUUGCAUAGAGUCACAAUCGAAGCCGGUGGAGGAAAUAUGCUCAGAGUACUGUAAGCUACGCGGCAAAGCAUACAAAAGUGAAGUUUCGACACAGGUGUCAAAGAAUCGAAAGAAAUCUGGGUCUUGCUUUCAAUCGUCUGUUGAACUUUCCGAGACCAUAUCUAUGGCUCUGCCCAAUUCUGUUCCACCCUCCGGGCCCUGCCCUCACCCUACCACUUGUCUUUGCGAGAUCAGUCUCUUUUUUCACAAUAUAUGGAUGCCAGCUGCGGUCCGCAUGGAUAGGGAAGACAAGGAAAAAUACCAACUAUCGGAGUUCUCAACACAGUAUUCACUUUCAGAUUUGGUAUCCCCCUUGCCAACCGAAACGAUUCGCGGAAUCCCAAUGGUGCAGAUAACAUGUCAUCCGCAGCAGAUUUCGGAGUUCCUUGCAAACUCUGCAUUAUUUUCGUCGAAAUUUCCCGACGCUCAUUGGUAUGCUCCGAGCCGGGAUGAAAUCGAGGUCUCGAAGGAGGACAUUGACUGCACAUGCAAGCAAUUGUGUUACUGCAGUAAAUCCAGCCAGAAGGGUCACCUUCAUAAAUUUGGCGCGUGUCCUCCACUUCUUCAGCCAACGGAAACCGUACAAGUUGCAGAAAGUCAGGAAGCCAGGAUUCAGCAAAGUUACGCUAUCCAUCACUAUAUCCAAAACCAGAUCUAUUCCGCAGGUAUGCUGUCCUCGGAAACGGACUUGCAAUGCCGUAACGUCGAUCAUGACUGGCCAAUGCAUGCAGGCACAACCAGUGGUUCAGGCCAACUGACUGCGGCUGGACUUGGUCAGUGUUCAUGGGUGGGUCAGUCGAGCGCAACGGAACAUCAGACGAGUCAGGCCCAACCAGAGUUUUGUGACAACGAUGUUUCGAUUGACCAGUACUUCAACUUUGAUGAUUUUCCAGCCGCUCCAGCUUCAGACGACCCUCCGUGUGGGCGUCUCUGA